GGAGGGAGAGGACAGGUAAUAAAACCACACCUCAGGAGUCUGUCCGCGUUCAGUAGGUCUUACGUUGCUGCCGCGUUCGGACAGCACGAUGAUCUCCAAGGUGUUACUCGUGGCAGCCGCCUUUAACAUAGGCUUAGCUCUGCCUGAAUACAUAUACCGAAAGCCAACGCAACAUGCAACGUCUAAACCGACCUUAUGUCCGCCUACUUUUGACAAACAUCCUUUGAUCCUCGUCUCGAUGGACGGGUUUAAGCCAGAGUACCUGAGUCGCGGCAAGACCCCCACCAUUCUCGCGCUCGCUAAUAGGGGAGUGAGGUCGCCCUACAUGAAACCUUCGUAUCCCACUGCUACAAUACCCAAUCACUAUACGAUAGCUACUGGAAUGUACCCGCCCGCCCACGGCAUCGUAGCCAACAAAUUCUACGACCCGGACUUCGACGCGGAGUUUCGAAUCGGCGUUGGUCCGGAGAGUUUCAAGAAGCGUUACUGGGGUGGAGAACCCAUCUGGAAAACGGCCGAAAACCAGGGCGUGCGUGCGGGGACCUACUACUGGCCUGGUUCGGAGGUGGACGGGAACCAACCUUCGUAUUGGUUCCGCUAUAAUGAGAGCAUUCCCUUUGAAAACCGCGUCGAGCAGGUCUUGGCCUGGCUGGACCUCCCCCCUGCACAGCGACCGCAGUUCUUGACGCUGUAUAUGCAUGAGCCUGACAGGACGGGCCACAACUUCGGCCCCGCGGCACCUGAGGUCGACGAGAUGCUGGCCCGCGUGGACUCGAUCGUGAGGCUCCUCGUGAACGGACUGGAGAAACGGAAGCUAUUCUCCUGUACGAAUCUCAUCCUCUUAUCGGAUCACGGCAUGUCGGAGGCUGGCCAGGGCAAGGCACUGUUUCUGGAUCAGUAUAUUCCCAACCUCGAAAAUCGUACGCGGUUCUGGGACGGAAUCUUCAGCAGGUUCACUCCCAACGACGGGUCACAGAGCACGAAAAACGAAAUGCUCAACGCUCUUUCGUGUAAGAGACAAGAGUUACGGGUCUAUGACAAGAAGGAUCUCCCGAUUAGAUGGCAUAUCGGGAACCAGCGCCGCGUGGAGGACAUCGUGGUGGACCUCAACCCAGGCUACAGCGCGGGAGGCGACAGGACAUUCGAGGCCGACGCUGGUGAUCACGGCUAUGAUUACUUCUUUGAAGAUAUGAAUGCUCUGUUCUUAGCUCACGGCCCAUCAUUCCAUCGCAACGUUGAGGUAGAGGCUUUCCAGAACAUUGAACUUUACAACCUUAUGUGCCAUCUCCUCGGCGUGACACCCGCUCCCAACAAUGGCACGUGGGGUUCUCUUCAUCACAUGCUGGUUAAUCCGCCGCCAUACCCCGUUGCUACGCAGGAAUUCCCUCCUCCAGUUAUAGCUGCGCCCCGCGAGGAGAGUCUAGGAUAUGGCUCGGUGAAGCCCCUUUGCGAGGGAGACUUCGAUAAGGACUUCGAGUACCUGGAGGUCCUGAAGGAAACCGAGGAGGAGCUUCCUAAGGUGUUCGACGCUCACCUGCCUUUUGGCGUGCCGAAUAUGGGACCCGUCAGGAACAUGGUCGCCUUGCUAGCCCAUCCUAACUUUAUUACAGCUUAUUCCCCCAUCUUGAAAAUGCCUCUCUGGACGAGCUUCACCAUCACCCAACCCAGCGUCGGCGGCAGGAGGUUCCCCUGGAGGAGUGACCUGAGGCUGGCAUUGAGUCAGAGGUCUUCUUGUAUCCAUUACCUGCACCUUCUCGCAAAGGGGUACUCUCAGCAGCCUCUCUUUCCGCCAGAGUUCAACUGCCACGAGGAGUCCAGCCAACUGCCCUUCCUGAUGAGCAACGCCAUCCCUCAGACACCGAGGCUCACGCAGCGUUGGCAGCAGCUCCUCUACCUUGUGAAUUCGUGGGUCAGAGAGUACGGCGUCGUCAACGUGCUAACGGGGCCUGUGUUUGAUUAUGACGGCGACACCUUCGCUGAUAACUUGUAUACUGUCAGGAACCCCAGCGGAGGCUUGGCUUUACCAACCCACAAGUUCCUCGUAGUAAGCAGAUGCAUCGUGUGGGUGCGACACAUGAAGUACUGUCCCCCUGAAUACGUGGACGCCCUUGCAUUCGUCUACCCUCAGACCACCGCCGUUUCCAAUUGUCUUAGCUCCGAACAGUACGCCAGGAAAUACAGCGCUUCGGUACAGGACGUCGAGAAAAUAACGGGCCUGAGACUCUUUCCCAGCUUCAGUUACAAGGACCAGGUCAGGCUCCGGGUCAGGAUCCACUCUAACAUCUGGGGUCGUGAGUCAUGGAAGAAUCGACUUUUCUCAGACGUCUUUGGUAUAUUCUUGUAGGCUGUGACGAGUGUUUGUGAUUAGUUUUAAGGAGAAGUAGAGAAAAGGUUUAAUACUGGAGAGAGAAGGGGGAUGGAAAGGAAGACGGUCUGUAAGAAAUGUUUAAAACGUUUUGAGAAAAAGAGAAAGAAAUUAAAGAAAAGGAGAAAAUCUUUUAAAAAAAGAUAAACAAUAAAAAGAAUGGGGGAAUCCUCUACGAAAAGGGGAACAUAUUUUAGAGAAAAAAUGCUAUAGCAAAAGAAAAAGCUAUGACAAAAGAAUAUACGUACAAUUCGAAGCAAAAAUGCCAAGAGAAACAAUAGUUCUAUAGAGAAAAGAAGAAAACUUUACGAAAAGAGCUUUAUAUUAAAAAAAAAGCAAGGACCACAUAAAAACAUCCGAGAAAAAAAAGAAAGAAAAUAUCUAGUAAUAAACCAAGAAAAAUCUUAUAAAAAAAGUGUUGCAACAACAACAAAAUCCUCUAAAACACAGUAAAAAAAAGAAGUGAAAAGAAGUCUUCGAGAAAAGGAAAUCUUAUGAGAAAAAGACGUUUCCUCUAAAAAACAAAGUAAUAAAAUCUUCCAACGAAAAAAAAAUCUAAAUGAAAUACAAUAAAAAAAAAGAAACUAGAAAACACAGCUAAUGUUUAGGCCUAGAGAUAAAAUACCGAAUAAUAUAUACAUUUUUUACAAAUGUUACCAAGAAAAGUAGUAUUAACGUCCAUUUUCUGUUAUUAUUUUACGGGUUUUACAUUUCAUAUAUGUCUGAAUUUUGUUAUUUUGUAUUCCAUUCCUUGAAUAAUAUCUGUUCUACCGUUUCAAAGCUGAAUUAUAAUUCCAUAAAUUCUGGUCUGUCAACAUAACAAAUUAACAAAAUCACGUCAGCUGUGCCGAUGUGAGAAUUCUAAUUAUAUUUAAUAUUUAUGUUGCAGUGUGCGUUUGACAAAGUGUUUGUGAAUUUUGUAAAAUGUAAAAUCCCACAGAAAUCCUGUCUUAUUUUUUAUGUUAUGUCAGUCUUAAGUUAGAAAAUGAAAUGAUACAUAUAAAUUU